AUGGCGAGAAGACAACUCUUUCAACUUCUAAUGUUCUUCGUUUUAGCUGUUCUGUCUCUUGUGAUGUUAUUGAAGCCUGUUCUAAUCACUGCAAAAACGGACAAAUUGACAGACUUUGAAAUCAAGGGACAAGAUUUAAAUCAGAUUAGCCACCUGAGACGCAUUGGAGCUGAUCUUAAGAGAAGAACAAUGACACGGAGGAUGAUGAACGUUGAGGAGAUUAACGAUUAUCCAGGAUCAGGAGCUAACAACCGCCACACCCCUAAACCUUAUUGUCCUGAUUGCUAAAUCCAUUUCUUGUAAUUUAGCUCCUAUAAAUUUGUAAUAAUCACUUUAUAUAAUAUGCAUCAAGAUUUUUAGAGUACGAAAUCUUAAUCAUGGAAUCUUAAUCUAAAAGGCUAUGUGAAGAUAUGAAAUAUUUGGUAAAAUUCAAGC